AUGGCUGCUCGGUUUUUCCUGGGAGUAGGCGAAGCUGCUAUAGCCCCUGGCUUCUCCCUCAUCACCGGAAUGUUCUACAAGCGAGAAGAACAGCCAGCACGACAAUCCGCCUGGUUUCUCGGAAACUGCAUUUCGACCGUCAUUGGUGGCGUCGUCGCUUACGGCAUCGGAAACAUCGAAAUCCAUACCAUCGCCAGCUGGCAACUCCUCUUCCUAUUCCUUGGUGCUAUCACCGCGGGGAUCUCGUUUUUCCUGGUCGUUUUCCUGCCCGACUCGCCUAAAAAUGCGAUUUUCCUGACAAAGACCGAGCGCGCCAUUGCGUUGCAACGCACCCUCAAGAACAAAACAGGCGUCAUGGACGCAGGAUCAUUCAAAUGGAGUCAGGCAUGGCUGGCUAUUCGAGACCCUCAGACCUGGAUCUUGGUUCUCUAUACAUUCUGUGUUAAUUUGUGCAAUGGCGGCAUCACCAGCUUCUCCUCGAUCAUCAUCAACGGCUUCGGCUUCUCCCAAAUCAGAUCACUGCUGAUGCAAAUGCCCCUCGGAGCGGCACAAGUCGUUUUCCUGACCUUCACCGCCGCCUUCGCAACCUUCGUCCCGAACACCCGAAUUCUCAUGAUGAUGCUCAACACGACCGUCUCGAUGAUCGGCAUGAUUCUUGUGUGGAAGCUGGACGACGAUAAUCAGAAGGGUCGCCUGACGGGUCUUUCCCUGGGCGCCGUCUUUGCUGUCAAUAUCCCACUCUCCUUGAGUAUCAUCAGUUCCAAUGUUGCCGGGUUCACGAAACGGAGCACAACGAGCGCCUUGCUCUUCGUGGCGUACUGUGUGGGCAACAUCGUCGGACCGCAGUUCUUCCUAGAGAGCGAGGAGCCCCAUUAUCCGACGGGCAUGAAAGCCGCUAUCUCAGGCCUUGCGCUGGGCACGUUCUUCCUCAUCUGCUUGCUGGUUUAUUAUAUUUUCGAGAAUCGGAGACGAGAUGCAGUCUACGGUCCCUCGACAGAGCUGAGUGAGGCCGAGGAGCUGGCUCAGGGGUUGUCGAAUAAGACGGAUACAGAGAUUGAGAGUUUUCGAUAUGUGAUGUAG